CCAGUGUGGAACUUGUAAUCAACAAUGCCGCUAGAACAUAAAUAUUGUUUUUAAUCAAUUGAGACGAAUUGAUUUCGCUUAACUUGAUGCCGAGAUGAGCGAACAAAAUGAGAAUCCAAUAAUUGAGAGCCAUUGGCUAAAUUGGUGUAGGCUGUGCGCCAAGGACGAUGUCCGGGGCAACGUAAAAGUAUACACAAGCGAGAAUGCGAAUACUUGGAACAGUGUUCUGGUAAUGGCCAUCAGAAAGUAUUUUGAUGUACAUAUGCGACUGGAGGAUGAGCUAAGCGGUGUUCUCUGCAAGGAGUGUUAUACGCUAAUAAGCGAGCUGAUUGAUUUUGCCGAACACGUCAACAAAGUUCAGGCCAUCUUUGAGAUAUUGCGACAAUCUGAGCCAAGUAAGCCGUUGGAUGUGGAAGCACUACGGUUGCAGUAUGGUCUACGUGAGGGGGACUGGACGCACAUUAUCAAGCCUGUUUUGGAAAUUGAGAACAAUAUAACAAAACAAGAAGAUUCCCAAGAACUAUUGGAUGUGCCCAAGCAGGAGUUUAUUGAUUUGGGCGAAAGCAUCGAGAGUGAGCCACCAAGGAAGCUGCCACAUUUAGAUGAAAGUAUUGUAACCCACUUGCCACUUGAAGAAAUUAUAAUUGCUGGUUGGGAUGCACAAAAAGAUGCUCAAAAUGAUCCCAUCAAAGGACUGCGCGGCCGACGAAAAGCUUGCAAAUUCUCAAAUAAAAAGAGAUCAACUAAACAGAAAGGUAAAAUAGAAGCAGAUGUAGGGCAAAAAGUCGAGAAUAUCGAAAGUGAUAAUGAUAAGCCAAGCCUAGAUGCUGAUUUGGAAUUUCUUCCGGCAAGUCCCACAACUUCGGUCGUAGAAUCAGAGUUUCAUCCUGGGUCUUCAUCCGGCAACGAAAGUGAGGAUAUUAAAACUGAAAACGAUGAUUUGGACUGCUCGAGGAAGCGCAGAAAACUAAAGUGCAAAUGGUGCACCAAAGUGUACCUCAAUCCUGGAUCAUAUCAAAAGCAUUUACGGCAAGGCUGUCGAAAAAUAGAGCAACGAACGAAGGUGGAUAAGAACUUGUACUGUGGACUGUGCGACAAAACCUUGUCGUCCGCAUCGGCGCUGAAACUGCAUAUGGAGGGUAUGCACGAGAAUUUCAAGCCCUUUGUCUGCGACCAUUGUGGCAAGCAAGUGAAGACAAUUACGGCUCUCAACGAGCACCUGCUGGUGCAUACGGACGAUCGACCGUUUGUCUGUCCGAUAUGCAGGGCUGGAUUCAAAAACAAAGCUAGGCUCAAAGUUCAUUGCCAAAUCCACACGGAUCCGAACUAUGUGUGCAACAUUUGUGGCAAGAAGUUGCAGACACGCCGCACAUGGAACAUGCACAAACUGGUCCACAGCGAGGAUCGCAAAUUUAAAUGUGAUGUUUGUGAUGCGCUUUUCAAGCGUUCGAAAACCCUCAAGAAGCACCUGCUCAGCCAUACUGGAUUACGACCAUAUGUCUGCAAUUAUUGUGGAAAAACUUUCGCAUGUAAUGCAAAUUGUCGUACUCACAAGCUGAAAAAGCAUCCGCAUGAGCUCAAAAAGGAAGAAAACGGGGCCUUGACGUCGAGAUUAACAUUACCCACGCUAGAGGAACUGCGUGUCAUGUCCAAAAUAGGCCAAACAAAUGGUAAUACUUAACUUAAAUUCUAGCAAAAAAAAACAGAACAAAGAUAAGAUUUAAUUAUAUUUCCAAUAGAACUAAGUGGUGUUAAUUUAUAAUAAAUUAA